AAAACCCCGUCGGAUUCGUUAUUGUAGGAUACUUGUGAAUAUACCCGGGAUUCUGGCUUCUUAUGGCUGUAUGGUUUGGAAUUUUUACAUGUGCUCUGAGAGGUUUUGAAAAGGCUCCAUGCUCAUAACCCAGGACUCCUUUUCUUGUCCUACAGCUCACAGACUUCUUCGCUCAUCGAUCUUUUCGUCUUCUUCACCCCCUUCUAGCAAGCUUUUCCGUCUCCUUUUGCCUUUCAUCUUCUCGGCUAAUUUUAAUUUGGGCUUCUCACCUGGAUUGUACCAUCGGUGAACAACCUGGCCACUUUGAGGACAAGCAGGAAGCAAAUCUUGCAAGGGAUCUUUAGCUCUUCAUGGAAUUAUCUGCUUGGAUGGUGAACUUGGCGCUUGUAAAUGGGCAUCUCCUUUCCCUCCUUAAUUGUUAGCAUUAGAAGAAAAGAAUCCAGAGGAGUUCUUAAACACCGUGGAUUCCCUGACUACGUAUUGUAAUGAUCAGUACUAAUCUUACUGACUGAUACCGGGAGAAGAAUUUUUGCAAGACUGUGGUGGGGAACAGCCUUGGAAAACUAGAAGAUGAAAAUUCAAAUUCCUCACUUAAUGCUCUUCUAUGCUGGUCUUGUUCAGAGUUUGAAGGUUGUGACCAAAAGGGGUUCAGCAGAUGGAUGUACUGACUGGUCAGUGGAUUACAAAAAGUAUCAAGUCUUAGUGGGAGAACCUGUUCGUAUAAAAUGUGCAUUGUUUUAUGGAUAUAUAAGAGCAAAUUACACCAUAGCACAAAGUGCUGGACUCAGUUUAAUGUGGUACAAAAGCUCUGGACCUGGAGAUUUUGAGGAACCUAUCGCUUUUGAUGGAAAUAGAAUGAGCAAAGAGGAAGAUGCUAUCUGGUUUCGUCCAACAGUGGCACAAGACAGCGGACUUUAUGCAUGUGUCAUAAGAAACUCAACCUAUUGUAUGAAGGUAUCCAUUUCACUGACAGUGGGUGAAAAUGACACUAGCCUGUGCUACAAUUCAAAGAUGAAAUAUUUAGAAAAAGCUGAACUUAGCAAAAGCAAGGAAAUUUCAUGCCCUGAUAUACAGGAUUUUUUAACAUCUUAUAGAGAGCCAGAAAUCUUAUGGUAUAAGGAAUGCCAAGUCACAACCUGGAGACCAAGCAUUUUGUUCAAAAAGGAUACUCUUGUUAUCCGGGAGGUCAGAGAAGAUGACAUUGGAAAUUACACUUGUGAAUUAAAGUAUGGACUCUUUUCUGUCAGAAGAACUACAGAAUUAACUGUUACAGCCCCACUAACAGAAAAACCACCAAAGCUUUUGUAUCCUUUGGAGAGUAAGCUGACAAUUCAGGAGACACAGCUGGGUCAUUCUGCUAAUCUAACUUGUCGAGCAUUCUUUGGAUACAGUGGAGAUGUCAGUCCUUUAAUGUAUUGGAUGAAAGGCGAAAAGUUUAUUGAGGAUUUGGAUGAAAGUCGGGUUUGGGAGAGUGAUAUUAGGGUCCUUAAAGAACAUCUUGGAGAACAAGAAGUUUCCAUCUCAUUAAUUCUUGAUUCAGUGGAAGAAGGGGAUCUUGGAAAUUACUCAUGCUAUGUUGAAAAUGGAUAUGGCCGCAGACAUGCUACAGUUAUUCUACUUAAGAGGGAGCUGAUGUAUACAGUUGAGCUUGCUGGAGGGCUUGGCGCUAUUCUGCUGCUACUUGUUUGUUUAGUGACUAUUUACAAGUGCUACAAGAUAGAAAUUAUGCUAUUCUACAGGAACCAUUUUGGUGCAGAAGAACUAGAUGGAGAUAACAAAGAUUAUGAUGCAUAUCUGUCAUACACCAAAGUGGAUCCUGACCAGUGGAAUCAGGAAACUGGGGAAGAAGAACGAUUUGCUCUUGAGAUCUUACCAGAUAUGCUUGAAAAGCAUUAUGGGUACAAACUAUUCAUUCCCGACAGAGAUUUAAUUCCAACUGGAACCUACAUAGAAGAUGUGGCAAGAUGUGUAGACCAAAGCAAGCGAUUGAUCAUUGUCAUGACUCCAAAUUAUGUGGUAAGAAGAGGCUGGAGCAUCUUUGAAUUGGAAACAAGACUUAGGAACAUGCUUGUUACAGGAGAAAUUAAAGUGAUCCUCAUUGAAUGCAGUGAACUGCGGGGAAUUAUGAACUACCAGGAAGUUGAGGCCCUGAAACAUACCAUCAAGCUUCUAACUGUUAUUAAAUGGCAUGGACCAAAAUGCAACAAGUUGAAUUCCAAAUUCUGGAAACGUUUACAGUACGAAAUGCCUUUUAAGAGGAUAGAACCCAUUACACAUGAGCAGGUUUUAGAUGUUAGUGAGCAGGGGCCCUUUGGGGAACUGCAGACGGUCUCAGCAAUUUCAAUGGCUGCUGCUACCUCCACUGCUCUCGCCACUGCCCACCCUGAUCUACGCUCCACUUUUCAUAACACGUAUCAUUCACAGAUGCGCCAGAAACACUAUUAUCGAAGCUAUGAAUACGACGUACCUCCUACUGGCACCCUGCCUCUUACCUCAAUAGGUAACCAGCAUACUUAUUGCAACAUCCCGAUGACACUUAUUAAUGGACAGAGGCCACAGACAAAAACUAACCGAGAGCAGAAUCCUGAUGAAGCUCAUACAAACAGUGCAAUCCUGCCCCUCUUACCACGGGAAACGAGUAUCUCCAGUGUCAUCUGGUGACAUCCGUGCAAGGGGGAAGUCAGCUCCCUUGUUCAGAAGCAAGGUCUGCAGUCUGGUGCCUGGAACUACAUCCUCGACUGCUGCUGUUAAACAUGCAUUACAAUCUAUGAAAUAUGAGGAAAAACAGGGUCUUGUACAUAUGUUUUUGCAAAUUUCUUUGUAGCAUCAGUCUUCCUGUUUUACCCAUGUCUUUACCAUUCACAUGUUGACUUUGUUUUAUAUGUCAUUGAGAUUUGUAUAUUUACAUUUUUAAAAAAAAGAUAAAUGAAGAGACUGCUGUAUAGAUAGGAUUUUUUUUUUUGUUUCAUUAGUAUAGUUUGAGUGUGUGUGUGUGUGUGUUUUAAACAUUUCUUGGGAAUGCUUGGACAAAGCUGUUUUGAAUCUAGAAGCAGUAUCCAUUCUUUUGGUCUGCCUAGCCCAAUACUCAGAGCCAUGCUUGAAGCAAUUCACCACUGUAUGUGUGUGUGCGUGCAUGCACGCGCAUGCUUGUGCAUGUAUGUGAAAACACUUAGGAGGUCCCCACAAAUGUUUCAUAAUCCUUUCUCCAUAUUUUUAUCACACUGCUACACUCUGCCCUUUUCUCGUCACCUUUUUAAAGCAGCACACUGAGUGAAAUUAAAGAUGGUCUAAUUGUCUAAUAUUUCACGUAGUAAAUAGUUGUGGAACAACAACAGUGAAAAACCCAGUCUGUAUUACUUGCUUCACAAUAACCACUAUAACCACUAUGGAAUCUAUAGAAAGAAUAAUAGAUUUUUCUGUUUGAUUUUAUGAGUUGUUUGUAUUCCUUUUAUAUAGAAAUAACAUGCCAACUCUAAUCAUUCACUUCCUGGGAAAGUGUUGGAUGUGUUGUAACUCCCGCUACCUAUUUUGUUUGCUUGCUUGCUUGCUUGAAAUCAAUGGUUUCUUUUCUUUGUUACAUUCUUCAAAUGAGAUUAUUUACAUCUGCCAAGUAAGUAAGGCAGUAGGCACUGAAGUUCAUUAAAUCCUGCAGAGAUUUCCAAUGAUGGCUUCCAAACCAAACUAGAAAAGAAGGACAAUAUCUAAAAUGGUUUGUCACAUUGUAUCACACAAAAUGCUGUCUUUUAAGAAAUAUGGAACAUACUUUUUCAGCCAAGUUUGGAGCAUAUGUAUAUUCAAGUUUGGUCAUCACCUUUUCUUUUCGCUGAAACAUCCAGAAUUUAGCAUUCUUUAUUAUUCAUUAUUAUCUUUCCUUAAGCUUGUAAUAACACUACAUUUUUUUUAAUUCCAAGGUUGUUUAAAGGAGAUCUCAGGAGGUUGCAAAAAGUAAAUACCAACAAACAUGAAUAUUUUAUAAAAUAUUAAUAUUUAAAUCAG